CAGAAAGACCAAGAAGAAGGAAGGCGGAGCUAAAAGAGCUCAGAGAGCCUCGUCCAACGUGUUCUCCAUGUUCGAACAAACUCAGAUCCAAGAGUUCAAAGAGGCGUUCACGCUGAUCGACCAGAACCGAGACGGCUUCAUCGAUAAAGAAGAUCUGAAGGACACCUACGCGUCUCUGGGUAAACUCAACGUGAAGGACAAGGAGCUGGAAGACAUGCUGAAGGAAGCCAGCGGCCCGAUCAACUUCACCAUGUUCCUCGGUCUGUUCGGAGAAAAGCUACACGGUACUGACCCUGAAGAAACCAUCUUAAAUGCUUUCAAACUGUUUGAUCCAGACGCCCGAGGCUUCGUCCACACACACGAAUUACAGAAACUUCUGAUGACGCAGGCGGACCGCUUCACACCUGAGGAGGUGAAGCAGAUGUUUCAGUCGUCGAACAUCGACGCGGCCGGAAACCUGGAUUACAAAUCUCUGUGUUACAUCAUCACCCACGGAGAGGAGCAGGAGGAAGCCUAACAUCUGUCUGCAGCCACACACACCAACAUCUGUCUGCAGCCACACCCCAACAUCUGUCUGCAGCCACACACCAACAUCUGUCUGCAGCCACACACCAACAUCUGUCUGCAG